AUGUCCGUUUUACUUGCGAGCGCCAGUCGAAUUGCACAAUGCCUCGGUAUUCAUCGUCUCGGGUCCGAAACUCCCUCCCAUAUUUUCAAAUGCGAUGACUCGGAUAUCAGAGAGAAGCUUUUAAUUGAUCGUGAAGUCUCUAAGAGAGCUUGGUGGUUUUUAGUGCGACAAGACUGGCUACAAAUUCCAUUUAACAACACCUAUAACAUCCACCCUUCACAAUUCGACACCGAGAUGCCCAGGAAUUUCGAUAAGGAUGUUUUCAAACUGGGGUUGGCAACAGAAAUUGUUGAACAGAGCGAAGAAAACUAUACACAAGGGAGCUAUACGUCUGUUCUCAACAAAGGUAUUGUCAAAAAAGGGUCGGUGAUAAUUUGGAAACUACAAGACAGAAUUUGCCAGCGAACAAAGUCAGGGAGUGGUCAUAAUAUCGAUGUUCUACGAAAUCUUUACUCGGAAGUUCUCCAGGCUGACCGAGAGCUUAAACAACUAGUUGGUGGAAUGCCGGACUUUUACAGACUCAAAGAAGAUCAUGAUGGUGAAACCACGACAAACAUCAUGAUCGUUCAGCAAAAGUGUGUACUAUCUAUCUCGAUCGCACACAAGGUUUCUUGCCUCCCACUCAUGCGUCGCUGCCUUAUGGACUUUCUGUCGCUGCCCGAAACCCCCGACAAAUAUACUGUUAGCAAUCUGUGGACUGUUAAUGCACAGGUCUUGACGGCAGCGGUUUGGCUGUUAUUUGAGCUGAUAUUCUCAAAGGACGAGCAUGGGCAAAUUUUUGAAACGCAUGAAAUUCGAGAUUUGGCUUUGCGGAGCUUGCAAUUUUUGCAAGUCAACCAAAGCAAAAGCACCAUUGCGAAAAGAGGCGUCGGGCUCAUUGAAAGUUUACUGGAUACUGAGCAAGCCAUCAAGGCAGGUACUCGGAAACAGUUCUCAUUGAAAGAUAUUAUAUCUCGAGUAGAAGAUCAUGAUCAGGACUCGGAGCCCAAUGUGGCUAUAGAAUUUUCAGCUGAUCCAUAUCUUUCGCAGAUGUCAGACCUUCUCCUGGGAGAUAACAUGGCAUGGGAGGACAUCUUCAGUGUAUUUGACAUGUGA